GCGAUCGUCUCUUCCCCUUCCCACAUCCCAGCUUUAGUAGAGCCCCAAUUUCCUUAGAAAAUCCUUUUCCAUCAUUUUCCUCAGAAAACCCUGAAAAUGUCCUGCUGCGGUGGUAACUGUGGCUGCGGCUCCAGCUGCAAGUGUGGCAGCGGAUGCAACGGGUGCAAUAUGUACCCUGGUUUGGCUGAAGAGAAGAUCGGCUCCACUGAAACUAUGAUCCUGGGAUUAGCACCAGCCAGGGGGGGAUUUGAGGGAUUCGAGAUGGCCGAGGGAUCUGAGAACGGGUGCAAGUGCGGGUCAAACUGCACCUGUGACCCAUGCAACUGCAAAUGAACUGAAGCUAAUUAGAUCGAAGGGGAGGAACAAGCGAUCUGCGUGCUUGCUUGUUCUAAUUGUGAUGGUGUGUGCUAUGUGCUUAUAAUGAAUAAGAAGCUUAUGUGAUAAAAAAUAUGGUUCCCUGAAUGAACUUCAUCCUCUGUCAGCUUGUGUUUAUUGUUCUUUUCUUUCAGUGUAUGCUUCUGCCUAAUGAUGGAAGGGAUUUGGAUCUUUCUAAGUUAAUAUAUGAAAUACUUUUAUGAGUGGUUAAUAUAUGAGGUACUUUUUAA